AUGCCCCUUACCGAAGACCCCACACACCCGAACAACAUCAACGAAUAUAUGAAGCUCGAGAUCCGCGAGCAGACCCACGCGCAGAUCCCCGUACCGACCCGCGAGGAGACCCGCGAGGAGACCCGCGGGAUCAACGGGACCCUCGAGCCGCUGCUGGCUCGCCACAUGGUGUUCAUCUCACACCGGAGAUGCAAAGAGCACCCCAGGGACUUCCAGAGACUCCCAGGACCACCUGGGCCCCCUCCUCGGCCAAGCAGUCAGCCUAAGUCAUUUCCCAACAUCCCACCGCCUUCUCGUCAAAUGGAGAUGGGAAGGCCAGGGCACCCCGAAAUGUAUCCAAGGCGCGAAGAGCCGAGGCAUGGAGGAGAAUACAACCCGGAGCGUCUCAUUAUCGUCAAGCACGAGGAGGACAGGUUGAUGUUCGAGCGAGAAAGGCAAGAGAGGGAGAUGGAACUACGGGAUCGUGAAAGGAGGGAGAGAACGACCUCAGGGGGCGAUCCUGGAAGGCAGCAUGCCAUGCACCAGUCUGAGUAUGGUCCGCCGGGCAUGCAGCGACGGGAACCGCUACCGCCGCAGUACUCGCGCCCCUUGGAUACCCGGGAACAGGCACACUGGCAAAGGCCGGCAUAUGACCAGCCGCGACAUGUCUACGAGGAGCCGAGACCUCAACCCCGACAACACGAAUACCCUCAUGCAAGUGCACCUCCAUAUAACAGCAACCAAGGAGCUCUGUCGCAGCCUCCUUUAGAACGCUACCCCCCGUCGUCUCAUCCUGGGCACUCACAGCCGGCGCCUCAGGCAGCCCAUCAAGCGUCGCCUUACGAGUCGCCGAGUCGCCAUCGUGCGGCGGCGCUCCCACAGCAGCAGCAACAACCUCCUCACCGGCGACCUGGCGAGGAUGGUCCGCCCCCACCUUCUGUCGCAUACAGCAACGGUCACCCCGCGCUCUACGAUUCACCGCGACACCGAGCUGCAGAGGAGCCUGGCCACCCCAUGGCCCACCAACAAAACUUCCUGAGAGUCCAAGAAAUGAACCGAAAGGGCCGCAUAUCCCCGCUCCCACAAGCCGUACAAGGCGCUCAGCCGCAGAUACAAGGUCCUCCAGGCGAGGCUGGCAUAAAGAGCGAGUUCGGCCGCAUGUUCUCAGGUAUUGGGAGUGGAGUCAGUGGCCUAGGUGUUUCCAGCCCUGUCGCGGCCGGUGCCCAGUUACCCUUCACGAGUAGUGGCCUAGGGCGGCGUGAGGAUUUGGAGCAUGCACCGCCAGACGUAACCUCCGACCCUAAGGGCAGCCGUGACAGUGCUUCCCGUAACAAGCGCAGAAAGUCGAAGGAUGAUGACACCAAGAACGACGAAGACAGCACCGGUAGAAGUACCCCCCUGGGCAGAACCAAACGCCAAAAGACUCACUCUCAUCACCAUCACCACCACCAUCAUCAUCAUCACCAUCACAUUCCCGACCAAGUGUCGCCCCAGCAGGCUGUGGUCACCCCGUUCAAGAACGUCAAGGGAUCCACACCACUUCCCUCCCCUACAGGCGUUGCGAAAGAUCUCCUUAUGACUCACCACCAUGCUCCUCCAAGAGCCAGCGCUCACGGUCAAAUCAGAGAACCACACGCCCAGCCAGCCGCGAACCUUCCAAACGCUGCUGUCAAUGCCCCGCCGAAACCGAAGCGCAUCAUCUCGAACAAGGCGAUUCUUGACAGUGUGGCGCACAAGACACGUGAGCACCUCGGGGACUGGAUUUACGAGGUCACUCUAAAACCGGCACGGAUACUGGAUGGUCGAAGUGGUCGACAGGCACGGCAUGCGUAUCAAUCCACGCCUAAACCCCUGCCAAUGUCAACAAUCCAAGGCAAGGAAGGAAGCACCCUGAUGGUAAAGGUUGGGAAGCAGCACCUUAAGCCUUCUGCGAGAGCUGAAAUCACAUCGCGCCGGGCACUCUGGGGAACGGAUGUGUACACAGACGAUUCAGAUGUUGUUGCAGCUUGCAUUCAUGGUGGAUGGAUCCGGGGCGAGUGGCCUGAUGACGUCGAUGUCAACCUGCUGGGGCUCGAAGAUGGCAUCGGUGCGGAUGUCAAGGAGACCAAAGGCAGCAGGAAAGGCAGAGGCAAGGAAAUAGCCGAGCCGCUGCAACAGAGCAACCCGGACUUCUUGGAAGCACCAUUGGCAACAGGGCCCGUGCAGGCACCCGAAGGCCGAGACAUGCACAUCAUGAUUCAGAUUCUACCAAAGCUGGAGAAGUAUGCGUCCACGGUACGUUUUGGGAUCAAGAGCCGGGAAUGGGGUGGGAAGCUGGGUCGAGAUGGACAACGGUCCAGCCACGACGGGCUCAGCUUUAUGAUCAAGUCGGUACGGUUUGUCACCAACGGCGCAGCCCCGCAGAGUAGGCUUCGCGGCCAGGCCAGAAGGGACAGGAUGCGGAAGGCAAUGCAAGAGGUUGAAAUGAGCAGGGCGUUCGAGGUCAGGGUGGUCCCCAACACUGGCAGCGGCAUCGUCUCAUUGGCGCCGAAGAAGAAGGCAGCGGACAGUGCCGGUGACAAGGAGAAUCGGACGCUGGAUGAUACUGGAAACGUCGGUGGGCGCGACAAGGAGGCGCACAAUGGCAGCCCUGGAGGAAGCAGGGCAAGGGGCAGCCUCGCGGAGGGUCCAGCCGCGAAUGGUGGAGAUGCAGAUCGCAAUGAGCAGCACAACCGGGACGACGAUAGCGGCGUCGGUGAUGUGAGCGGGGCAGGGGAUGACCCAAACGUGCCGGCAGCUCUGAGCGCUGCUGCUACAUUAGCGGCGGUGGCAACAGUUGCGAGCAGGCUAACGCCGCCUGCGGAGGCGUGA